UAAACACUGACUUAAUCAAGACAGAAGCUAUUUAACAUAGACACAGUGUGAGAGUAGCUCAGGGAACAACAAUUAGAAAGAGUGCAAGUGAUUACUUUGAAAGUUUGUGCUGGAGGCAGAGAAACAACUUGAAUUUGAAUGAACUCUCAGCCAGCUAUGGGCUGCAACAGACAAGGAAUUAUUUCCUUUUUACUCCUUGUCCAAGGUGGUCUUCUUCUGCAACCAUCCCAGGCCUUUAAUGUUGAUGUGUUGAAAGCCAAAAUGUUGUCAGGCCCUCCGGGUGUUCAGUUUGGCACCUCCAUUCAGCAGUUCUCAAAUUCUGAUGGGCAAUGGUUACUGGUUGGAUCACCAUGGAGUAGCUUUCCUGAGAAUCGCAUGGGAGAUGUAUACAAAUGUCCUGUCAGGGACAACAGUGGUACUUGUGAGAAACUCAACUUGGGAAAUAAAAUAACUUUUCCAAAUGUGACAGAGAUCAAGCAGAACAUGAGUGCUGGUUCAACACUUAUCAGGAAUGAUGAAACUGGUGGAUUUCUGACUUGUGCUCCAUUAUGGACACAGAAGUGUGGCCAGCAGUAUUACCCAAGAGGAUUAUGUGCCGAUAUAAAUUCAAACUUCCAAUUAUCAAAUAUCUUCUCACCAGCUGUUAACCGUUGUGGAUCCAACAUGGAUCUUGUGAUAGUGCUGGAUGGAUCCAACAGUAUCUGGCCUUGGGAACCAGUCCAAAAUUUCCUGAAAAAAUUAAUAGGAAGUUUAGACAUCGGCCCUACUGAAACUCAGGUGUCUAUUAUACAAUAUGCUAAAGAUGCAGUAUUUCAAUUCAAGCUGAACAGUAAAAAUGUAACAGCCGAAGUUGAGAACGUCGAACAAAAACUAGGAGAUCAAACAAACACAGCUGGUGCAAUUGACUUUGCAAGGCAGGAAGCAUUCUUACCUGAAAAUGGUGGCAGACCAAAAGCAACAAAGGUAAUGGUUGUUGUAACUGAUGGCGAAUCUCAUGACAGAGACAAGUUACCAAAAGUGAUAGCUGAUUGUGAGAAGGAACGCAUCAUCCGAUUUGGGAUUGCCGUUCUUGGAUAUUACACUAGAAACAACAUAGACCCAGAAAACUUGAUCAAUGAAAUCAAGUCCAUUGCAAGUGACCCAAAAGAGAAGCAUUUUUUCAACGUAUCCUCAGAAGCUGCUUUGAUGGAAAUAGCUAGUGCACUCCGAGAACGUAUCUUUAGUAUUGAAGGGACAAGCAAUAAAAAUGAAGAUACGUUCCUAUUGGAAAUGGCACAAGUUGGAUUCAGUGCACACUUUGUCCCCAGCCAGGACUUGCUGAUGUUGGGAGCUGUAGGAGCUUAUGAUUGGACAGGCACAACUGUCCAUAAAUCAUCUCGCAAGACUAUUAUUUUUGCCAGGAAAGUUUUUCAAGACAUUUUGCAAGAUAGAAAUGACAGUUCAUACUUAGGUUACUCUGUGACAUCCCUGGUUACACAAAAUUCUGUGCUCUAUGUUGCCGGAGCACCACGCUUCCAACACACUGGCCAGAUAGUCAUUUACACAGUUGGGUCAAAUGAUGAGGUGGUAAUUAAGCAAACAGAAAAAGGAGAACAGCUUGGAUCCUAUUUUGGCAGUGUCUUGUGCUCUGUAGAUGUUAACCGGGAUUCACUAACAGAUGUACUAUUGGUUGGGUCACCUAUGUUUAUGGGUCAACACAAAAAUGAAGAAGGAAAAGUGUAUGUUUUCUCUGUCAAUAAGCAGGGUAGCCUGGAAGAGCAUGGCAUCUUAGAAGGACCAGUUAAUGGUAGGAACACUCGAUUUGGAGCUGCUAUUGCUGCUAUCUCUGACAUCAAUCUGGAUGGUUACAAUGAUGUUGCAGUUGGAGCCCCAGUAGAAGAUGAACAACAUGGAGUUGUAUACAUUUAUAAUGGAUACCAAACAAUAAUCCAACCAAAACAUACACAGAAAAUACAAGCCUCAAAAAUCAACUCACAAUUGCAAUAUUUUGGACUGUCUAUUGAUGGGCAGAAGGACUUGAAUGGUGAUACCAUCACAGAUCUAUCAAUUGGAUCCAUUGGGAAUGCUGUGCAACUCUGGUCACGAAGCAUUGCAAAUGUAAGCCUUACCAUGAUAUUUGAACCAACCAAAUUGUCCAUUUUGAACAAAACUUGCCAGGUCAAUGGAAACAAGGUAACUUGUGGUCGAGUCAAAAUAUGUUUCCAAGCUACAAUUAAACCUGAAAAACAUGGAUCAUCAAUCAACAUUAGGUACAAUGCAACAUUUGAUGUAAGUCUCAAGUCAUCUCAUGCUACUUCACGAGCAUUGUUUCAAACAAACUAUAUGCGAGAAAUACAAGAGGACAUUAAAGUUGAUCACACGCUAAAGUGCAAUGAAUUUAGCUUUUAUGUCAAUGACAAAACAGAUAUCGUUAGCCCUCUUAGUCUACGUUUAGACUUUGCUCCAAAAGAUACUGAAGCUGGGCCUAGCCUUGAUGCCCAAACAGCAAGGUCCAGGGAGUUUUUUAUUCCAUUCUCCAAAGACUGUGGUGAUGAUGAAGAAUGCAUAACAGACCUUGCUAUUAAAAUUCAUUCAAAUAUUCCAAACAGCAGUAACUACAUUGUUAGUAGCAAGCAAAAACAAGUAACCAUUAAUGUAGAGACAGAGAACAAGAAGGAAAAUGCAUUUAAUGCUAAAGUCGCUGUCCAUUUUUCUGAUAACAUCUUUUUCGCAUCAGCUGAAGGCACCGACUGUAGUGAAGAGAACUCAAAUUUGGUAUCCUGUGACAUUGGGUUGCCGUUUUUAAAAGGAGGAGAUAAGGUCUCUUUUAAAAUUAACUUUGAUUUUAAUGUCAACAAACCACAGAAUGAUACAUAUGUGAACUUCCAUGCCACCAGUGAGAGUUAUGAAGAUCCAAAAACUAAUUUUGACAACAAGGCAAAUGUCAGCUUUACUGUAAAGUAUGAUACUGAAAUUCUCUUUUCAAGAGUUACUAACAUAAAUUACUAUGAAAUUUCUCCUGAAAAACUGGUUCCUAAAAUAAUACAUAAAUUAGAUGAAAUUGGUCCAGAAUAUGUUAUUACCUUCAGAGUCAAUACUGGGCAUUUCCCUGUACAGACCACCUAUAUUACUAUUGAAAUACCAGAAUCCACAAAAAAAGACAAUCGACUACUAUACCUUACUGGGAUAAAUCAGGAAAACAACAUAAAAUGUGAUGUAAAACCUAAUGCAUUGAACAUCGAACCAGAAAAUCAUUCCACAGCUUUUAAAAAGGAGAGUUUUCGGAGUGGAAACGAUUUGACCUGUGAAAAUGUCAAAUGUGAAAGCUUUGUGUGCACUAUUAACAACCUUGACAUGAACAAGGAAUACUUUAUUAAUAUUACUACGAGGAUUUGGCUGAACACAUUUAUAAAUGCUGACUUCCAAAGUGUAACAUUGACUCCAUCUGCACAGAUUGAUACAGGGGACUCAUUACUGAUCAUCAAAAGCAAUACGUUAACAAUCCCAGUUAGAAUAACAAAACCAAUGGAAAUAAAAGUAGUGCCCGUAGGAGUGAUUGUGGGGAGCGUAAUAGGAGGACUACUUGUACUUCUAGCAUUGAUUGGUGCCUUGUGGAAACUGGGAUUCUUUAAAAGAAAAUACAACAAACUGGAAAAAGAUGAAGAGGACAAUGAAAACAAUGGUGAUAAUGAUGCUGAAGAAGAAUAAUGAAUGAUGUUUAAUUUCACUGUGAAUUUUAUUCAUUCUGUUUAGCACUUCUCUUUAGUGUGAACAGCUGAAUCUGCCUGUUCACAAAUGAUAUAGAAUGUCAACUCACCAUCAAGUGAAUUUAGAGAGAUAUUCCAGAAAAAUAUGAAUGUUUGGUGCAUUCAAUGUUUACAUUUUAUGGGAGUGAUAUUUCCACUUUUAAAGAAAAGGAAAAGUGCUUGCAUUUCUUUGUAAAUUGUAGAAAUACAGGGCUUUGAAAUGUGUUAUUUCUAAGAAUGCGAUUUAAUUUGUGUGUUGUCAAUUAGGAAGAAAAAUGGAUAAUUCUCCAUGUUAGUUUUAAGGGACUUCACCCGUAAUCCUUUGGAUUUCAGAAUAGUUAACAUCAAUGUUGCAUAUCAGGCUUAAAUUUGACAAACAUAACAUCAGUGCUCCAGAUUUUACAAAAUAUACCUGAUGCUUAAAUUAGGUGAUACAUGGUGAGCAAAAUUACAUUGAUCAUUGCUGAAUUUUGUUCUAUGGUGUCCUUCGUGAAAAAGAUAAGAAUAAUAAAACCUACAUUUUAGAAUGUUUUAAUUUCUACCUGGCAUCCACAAGAAAAAGUAAAUGGUUACCACAAUGCCAUGUGAUACCUUACCAGUUGCCACUGAGAUACUGAGUGCAAAUCUCUGCAUUUGUGCUGCUGGCAGGAAACCUUGCCCACCGGAGGGCAAAUCUCAUAGAAUUGCAUGCAGCCCUCCUGCAUUUUUCCAAAGUGUACUGCUGGCAGCACAUCAAAAAUGAUCGCCAUUGUCUUCAUAUGCACACUGGCCAAGUAUUGGUCUGAUCAAAAACAAGGGCAUAACAUGUAUCCAAUAAGCGUGCCUAACACAUCACAAACUAGGGAAAGUUAACCCCAGAUUUAAUGUUGCAUUGUAAGUCAAAACAUACAUUCUAUUAUUACUUAAUAUUUUUCUAUGUUGUAAGCCAGGUUACAGUAGAAUCCGCUUUUAUAUUACUUGAAAAGAUGCCAAUUUCUCUGUACUCUGUCACAUACUAUGUUUCGCUAUGUCAAAUUUGAUCAGAGUAAGAAUUCAUCUGAAAUUGAUGUGUCAUAUUCUAAACUCCAAGUGACAACCUAACCAUAGUCAUUCCAAGUGAUGACAAUCACCGUGUGAUGAGAAUCACCGUGUGAUGAGCUUAACCUACAAAAACCAAAACCACGGUGAAUGUAAAUUUUGGUUCAAUGGUACUUUAUUAUGUAAAUAAAACUUUCAUAAUUUCUUUUGCAUGAUAUUUGUUAAGAAAUUGGGAUUUUUGUGUAUAAUUAAUUUUUGGGAUUAGGUCAAAAUAAGAAAUCUCUAACAAGUGAAAAGAUUCUUCAAGUCUGGUACUGUUUUAAAUAAUGUGAUUAGCAGUUUAUGUUUCGUGAGCAUUAACUUUUCUGUCUCCAACAUUUGAGUUUGUAUUUUUAUUUUGUGAACAGUGUAAAAAGAACACUGCCAAAAAGCGGUUUUAAAAAUGGGCUGAGGACUCUGGUAGUUUAUUUGAAUCUAAUGUAAAAGUCAGUUAUGGUGCACUGGUUGGGUCUUUGCUAUUUGCACUGGUACAUUUUUUUAUAUAUAUAUAUAUAAUUAUUUGAGUUUUCCUGCAUUAAGUUUUUAAUUAAUAUUUAUUAGGUGGUUUCUUGACCAAACUUUACAUUGCUGGUUUUUAAGGUGGAUUGAAAAUUUAAAGGGUUUUCCCAUUUUGCAUUAACUCCUUUUUAUGUGAAAUGUCUCCAACUGCUGUAUUUCACAGACUGUAUUAAAAAAACAUAUAUAAUAUUGCA